CCCAUUGCCCUGGAAUGUGUCUUUUGUCCUUCUCUCUAGCGCUGCUUCUGACAGCCAGGCCCUCUCGGCCCAAGGAGGGGAGCUCAAUGACCCUGACCUGUGAGGUGCAGGCCGCUUCUUGGAAGCCGGACGCCCAGCCCCAGUUCUGUUUCUUCAGAGACAGCCAGGCCCUGUGGCAGGGCUGGAGCAGCUCCCCGGAGCUCCAGCUCCCCACUGUGUGGAGGGAAGACUCGGGGUCCUACUGGUGUGAAGCGAAGACCUCAGAGCUCAGAGUCGCUCGGAGCCCCAGGAUUCAGAUACAGGUGCAAGGAGUCCCCGUCUGGAAUGUGAGCUUGGAGACACAGCCUCCAGGGGGACAAGUGCAGAAGGGAGAGAAGCUGGUUCUCGUCUGUUUGGCCACCCAGGGCACAGGAGACAUCACCUUCUCCUGGUACAAAGGGGCCCUGGGUUUGAACCUGGAAACAAAGACCCAGCGCUCAUUGGCCGCGAAGCUUGAGAUCCCGGCGGUGACAGACAGUGACACAGAGAAAUACUACUGCGCGGCCGACAACGGCUAUGGCCCCAGCAUCAGCGAGCUGGUGAGCGUCACCGUCAGAAUCCCAGCAUCCCGCCCCGUCCUCACUGUCAGGGUGCCCGGGACCCGGGCCGUGGUGGGGGACGUGGUGGAGCUUCGCUGCGAGGCCCAGAGCGGCUCUCCUCCGAUCCAGUACCGGUUUUAUCACGAGGAUGUCACCCUGGGGAGCAGCUCGGCCCCCUCUGGAGGAGGAGCGUCCUUCAACCUCUCUCUGACCCCAGAACGUUCUGGAAACUACUCCUGUGAAGCCGACAACGGCCUGGGGCCCCAGCGCAGCGAGGCGGUGCCACUCAGCGUCACAGUGCCUACGGAGGACAGGAAGAAACUUCUCGUCUCAGGAAUCCUUGAAGGGCUGCUUGGCACCCUUGGUCCCACCAUUAUUGCCCUAUUGGUCUGCUGUUGGCUCAAGAAAAGAAUAGGAAGACGUCCGGCCAGGGACCCAUGCAGGAGCCCUCCCAGCCCCAUGGCACAGGUGUCCAACUACAUCAACUCAGCUGCCCCACUGCAGGAACAGUCUGUAUACGAAAAUGUGAACGUCGUAAGCGGGGAAGAGGUCUACUCUUUGGUGUAUCGUACGCAACAGGAGCUGCAAGCAGCAGUAGAACCCCAGAGGACACAUACCACGGACCAGGAUGCCUCAGCCAUCUAUUUUAGGCUGAAGAAGGCAAGCGUUGCAGAUGUGGACUAUGAAGACGCUAUGUAAAAUUCUGGAAGAUUCUGCUCUUUGGAAACCAUCCAUGACCCCAAGCCUCAGAACCAGUAUGUUCUUCAGAGAUCCUGAGGUAGUCUGCUUUCCAGGACUUCUCAUCCAGGUGCUUCCCCCAGAGACUAUUCCUGCAACUACCGUGAAACAGAGGUGGUUCUAGCCCUGAAGAAACCACCCAAAGAACCACAAUGAAUGCAGGGGUGGGACCCGACUCCUACUGGUUGUUUUAGGCACAGGUCAAAUUGUGCUCUAGCUUCUUUCUC